AGCUCACUUUUUUUAUUUUAUUUGACAAAAGACUUUUCCAUCAAAACAAACAGCUCCCAUCCCAUAUACAUCCUAAACCAUGACUGUUCCAUUUCUCCCACUUGUUAACCCCAAAUAUGCCUUUGCUUUCACCCCAUACCCACCGCUCUCAGCUCAGCCCUGGGCCUCCGGAAAUGAACAUGGAGUUGGAUAAGGAGUUUGAUGUUCUACCUUUUGGUGUGGAUUACGGCAGGCUUGAAAACGGCCUCGUUUACUAUGUCAAGUGUAAUCCUAAGCCGAAGAAACGAGCUUCUCUUGCUCUUGCUGUCAAAGUCGGCUCGAUUUUGGAAGAGGAAGAUGAGCGCGGAGUUGCUCACAUAGUUGAGCAUCUUGCCUUCUCUGCCACAAAGAAAUACACGAACCACAGCAUUGUUAAAUUCCUCGAAAGUAUUGGAGCCGAAUUCGGACCUUGUCAGAACGCAUCCACAUCCUUUGAUGAGACUGUGUACAAAUUGUUGAUCCCCAUUGACAAGCCUGAGCUUUUAUCUGAAGCUAUUCAAGUCCUGGCUGAGUUUAGUUCAGAGAUUCGGCUCUCGAAAGAUGAUUUGGAGAAAGAGAGAGGAGCAGUUAUGGAAGAGUAUAGAGAUGAUCGAAAUGCUAGUGGAAGGAUUCUUGAUGCGUAUUGGACAUUGAUGAUGGAAGGCUCCAAGUAUGCUGAUCGAUUACCGAUUGGACUGGAAAAUGUAAUAAAAACUGUUUCUCCUCAAACUUUGAAGCAAUUCUAUAAAAAAUGGUACCAUCUAUCCAAUAUGGCAGUGAUUGCUGUUGGAGAUUUCUCUGAUACAAAGAGUGUCAUUGAAUUGAUAAAGACUAACUUUGGGCAUAAAUAUUCAGCAUUUGACCCUCCACCGAUACCCCAGUUUAAAGUUCCUUUCCACGAGGAUCCUCGCUUUUCAUAUUUUGUUGAACCUGAAGCUUCCGGGUCCGCAGUGGUGAUUAGCUAUAAAAUGCAAGCAGAUGGAAUGAAGACAGUGAAAUACUAUAGGGAAAUGCUGGUGAAAUCCAUGUUCCGUAUUGCUCUGAAUCGAAGGUUGUUUCGGAUUUCCCGAAGAAAGGAUGCGCCCUAUUUAUCAUGUUCGAUUGCUUCAUAUGUUCUUGUUCGCGAUUUAAAGGCUUAUAUAAUGACUUCAUCUUGUAAAGAAAAGGGGACUUUAGAAGCCCUUGAAUCCAUGCUUAUGGAGAUUGCAAGAGUACGACUUCAUGGAUUCUCAGAACGUGAAAUAUCUGUCGCUCGAGCUCUACUGAUGUCGAAUAUUGAAUCUGCAUAUCUGGAACGUGAUCAAAUGGAAUCAAGCAGCUUGCGAUAUGAUUAUACACAGCACUUCACUGAUAAUAAACCCAUUAUUGGGAUAGAAUAUGAAGCUCAGCUCCACAAGUUUAUUCUCCCUGAUAUAUUAGCAUCAGAGGUAUCCAAGUUUGCUGAGAAAUUAUGGACAUCAUGUAGCUGUGUCAUACAGAUAGUUGAACCCCAAGCUUUUUCCGUCAUCGAUGACAUGAAAAAUAUUGUCAUGAAGAUCAACAAGCUUGAGAAUACAAGGAGCAUUUCUCCUUGGGAUGAUGAACAUGUUCCGGAAGAAAUAAUCAACUCAAAGCCAAAUACAGGGAACAUUGUUGAGCAGCGAGAGCAUGUAAAUAUUGGAGCUACUGAAUUGACUCUAUCAAAUGGCAUGCGUGUUUGCUAUAAGUGUACAGAUUUCUUUAAUGACCAGGUUCUUUUCACCGGUUUCUCCUAUGGUGGUUUAUCUGAACUCCCAGAAAGCAAGUAUUUCUCAUCUUCAAUGGGAUCAACAAUUGCAGAGGAAAUUGGCAUGUUCGGUCAUAGACCAUCGGUGCUAAUGGAUAUGCUGGCCGGUAAGAGAGUUGAUGUGGAUAUAGGGAUCAGAUCUUACAAGAGAACAUUUUAUGGUGGUUGUUCACCCUUGUACUUGGAAAUUGCCUUUCAGCUUGUUUACCAACUUUUUACAACAAAAGUAACACCAGAUGAUGAAGUCAUGAAAAGAGUGAUGCAAGUGAAAGAGGAAGCAAUUCUUGCCCGAGAAAGGGAUCCCUACACUUCAUUUUCUAAGCGAGCAAGGGAGAUCAACUAUGGGAACUCUUAUUUUUUCCGGCCUUUUGAAAUAAAUGAUCUUCAGAAAGUCAAUCUAUUAAAAGCAUGUGAAUAUUUCAAUACUUGCUUUAAGGACCCGUCGACUUUUACUGUCGUAAUCGUUGGGAAAACCGAUCCCACAGUUGCAGUUCCUUUGAUACUGAAGUAUUUGGGUGGAAUAGAAAAGCCUCCUCAACCUAUUCUCCAUUAUAACUCUGACUACAUCAAGGGCCUUCCAUUUAAAUAUCCUAAAUCCAUGACUAGAGAAAUCGUAUGCAGUCCCAUGAUCGAAGCUCAAUGUAUGGUCCAGAUAUGCUUUCCUAUAGAGCUGAAGAAUGUAGCCAUGGAAGAAGAGAUUCAUUAUACAGGGUUCCUAACCAAACUACUAGAAACAAAACUACUUCAGCUUCUCCGAUUCAAACAUGGCCAGAUCUACUCUGCAAGUGUUUCAGAAUUCAUUGAUGGUGAUCUACCAUGUCUAACUGGAGAUAUUUGCGGUAACAUUCGAAUUGAAUUUUCCUGCGAUCCAAAAAUCUCAUCGAAACUGGUUGAUCUUGCUUUGAAUGAAAUACUACGUCUUCAAGAGGAAGGGCCCUCAGAUCAAGAUGUUGAAACCAUACUCGAAAUUGAACAGAGAGCCCAUGAAAAUGGAUUGCAGGAAAACUAUUACUGGCUAAAUCAGAUUCUCGGCAGUUAUCAAUCACGGAUUUAUUCUGGUGAUAUCGGAACUUCUUUCAAGAUUCUAGAUGAAGGGCGUUCAAAAGUAAGAAAAUCUCUGACGCCAUUAACAAUGCAGUUGGCGUUGCAGAGGAUAAUGCCGCGCAGAAAUCAGCACACUGUUGUGAUUCUAAUGCCCCAAACAUCUUGGUUCAAGAGGAUAAAAUCAUUUUCACAAUGGACCCGUCAAGGGAUAGAUAUGAAGGUUACAGCAGCCAUUGCUGGUUUCACAGUUUUGGCUCUCGGUUUUCGGAGACACUCGAAGAAAUCUUAGAAGAAAAGAAACUGUGUUUAUUCAAAUCUCCAUUUUCUGAUGAACAUGGAAAUUUCAUGCAAGUCAAGAAUUCAUUGAUGGAAGAGAGUUUAGUUCCAGCAUUAUUGAUAUUUGAUUUCCAGUGUGAAUGGAUUCAGCAACAUAUUGUGUUCUU